AUGUACGCCCUGCGCCAUGUAUCUUCUUUCUCCUUUCUCUUCGGAAUCUGUCGACUCCCAGAUAUCACAAAAAGGACUCCAGAUCCCCCACAAAGGGGGCGGUGUGGCAGGGGAGGCUGUGUCUCUCAUCCACAGCCUGGCUCAAAGCAGAACUGUGUUAUAAGCGCCACAAACUGCCCUACUGCAUCAUGGGAGCCAAAAGAGCAAAGGUCUGAAAGUGCUAACACAGACAUUUCCGUGGACAGAACACCAGUGUCUUCCUUGGGACCUGUGAGCUACUGUCUGGUUUGGGCCUAUGGAGUCAGUGACCUUUUUCACAACCCUUGCAGGCUCAGCUAG